AUGCAUAGACAUGUUGAAAAUGAAGUACCGCAAAAGCACGAAAGUAUACCUUCAACCACCUUAGAUCCAUUUGAGAUGGUGCGUAUGGGUUUUUUAAGGGAAGUUGGAAACCAGGCAAUUUGGACCCUAUCUUCUUGUAAACCCGGCUUUGGCGUUGACCAGCUACGAGAUGACCUUUUGGAUACAUAUUGGCAAUCUGAUGGGCAGCUGCCACAUUUAAUUAGUAUUCAAUUCAAAAAGAAAACAGUUAUUGCAGAUAUAUGUAUAUACACAGACUAUAGAAUGGAUGAGAGCUAUACACCUUCACGAUUAUCUAUUCGAGCCGGUUCGAGUUACAAUGAUAUUCAAGAGAUAGAAACUGUAGAAUUCCACGAGCCAAAUGGUUGGGUCGUCAUUCCUGUAAAAAGUGCUAAAAAUGGUGUUCUUAAGACAUUUUUACUCCAGAUAGCUGUAAUUAGUAAUCAUCAAAAUGGACGUGAUACUCAUAUACGACAAAUAAAAGUGCAUUCCCCUGCUGAUCCUUUGUUUGGCGGUUUAGGACAUGGUACGCAACAAUUUCCUACAAAUUUUACUACACGUGAAUUUUUACAAUAUACUACACUUAGUAUUCUUGUAUGUGGUAUUGUACUCAAUCAGCUCAAAAGGAUAUCCAUAAUCUCUUUCUACAAUAAGAGAAGUUUUUGUCGGUUUUUAAUGAAUCAUACACGAUUUCACUAUUCUAAAAAGUAG